GUUAGAAACAUCGACGAUUUCACGAAUAUAAUUGAUGUGUACUCAAAGGAAUAUAACAUAGUAAUACACGUUAAAAGUGUACGGCCGUUUUAUGGAUUAUCAAGGCAUGUUUGACAUCACAGAAACGAGUGUUCCGUUUUAGUAGAAAGAAAUAAAAAUGCCGGCACCACCACCACUACCUCCUGCUUUUACCGCGCCUCCUCCUGUAUCAGGGGAACAAGAUAGGAGUUUGUUGCUACAGUCGAUUAGAGAAGGAAAAGCUCUAAGGAAGACAGUUACGGUAGAUAAAAGCGCACCUGCUAUAAGUGGUAAGGUCAAGGGGGAUUCAACUUCUAUAACUUCUAGUAGCAGUGGUAACAAUGGCCCUAAUACAUUCAGUAGUAGUAUUGCUAAUAAUAACAAUAGUGGACCAAUAGGCCUAGGUGGGUUAUUUUCAAGUGGUAUGCCAAAGUUAAAGCCAACUGGUCUUAGAGGAAACACAAUUGAAAAAGAUUUGCAUACUACUGUUAAUAACAGUAAUUUCUCUAAUUCGUCUGGUAGUUUGAAUCAAAGUGUUAAGCGAGGGCCUCCUCCAGUUCCACCUCCAGCUACACAAAAACCUCAAGUAUUUCCUCAAGUAUCAAGUGGAGCAGAUUCAGCAAAUUCUAAUAUAGAUGGACAUAAAGGCUUUGGCAAACCAACACUCGCACCUAAACCACCACCACCAUCCACAGCUCCUCAGAAACCAUCGCCACCUCCUAAAAAAUUAAGUUUAACAAGUUCUGGGAGUGUCUCAAGAGCACAAAGCAUGAGGUUACCCAGGUCUCCACCAGUUCUUGCCCCAACACCACCAUCCCUUCAUCAAUCGCAGGAUUGUUUAAAUGAACCGCAAUCAAGACCCACGAAUCGUGUUCUUAGACCGCCUAUUGCUAGACCUCCAUCUCCUCCAAUAUCCAGAGCGACAUCUUCGAUGAUGGUAACAAGAGCAGCACCACCACCGCCAUCCAGAGUUACGGUUACAGCCCCCUGUAUUCCUCCACCACCUCCGCCUCUUCCACAUCGGCCUCCAACUCACCAAAGAUUGGCUGCACCUCCACCUCCACCACCAACACCUCCUACGAGAGGUUCGUCAAUGAGAAAUGGACAAGCUACGAAUUCUAAUCUUGAUCUGGAGAUAAGAUUUGCAGAAAUGUUUCAUUCUAUCUCGAGUUUUCCACCACCAGAACCUUUUAGAGGAUUCACAAAAAUCUACAGCAGCAGAAAUGCUGCAAAGCAACAGGCUCCAGCACCGCCUCAACAAACAUCUAAUCCAAAUACAAUACUUCCCUUAAGUGUUUCGUCUAGUAACAGUGGCAAUACAAUGCAACCAACGUGGCAUGUUAAAAACUUUUAGUUACCUAAGUUAUCUCAUUUUGUUUAUGAAAAAAAGUCAGCAUUUAACAUUGUCUUACACAUCAACAAAAUAGUAAUAUGUGAAUACAUAGAAAAAUUGUGUUUGCAGAGAAUCUAAGUUACUGUUAUUGAAAGUGUGUUGAGAAGGUCUAUUUAGAGUUGUAAUUAUAAUUAAAUUUAACAAAAAAAUUUGAAGAGUUAUAACAUAGUAAUUAAAAAUAUAAAAUUUCCUUCUAAGGUGCAAUGAACUCUGCUCCGUAAUAAAUCUGUUUAUAAUGCUUUGAUGUAAUAUUUAAUGCUGCCAGACUUUCAAUUUUUCUAUGUUUCAGUUUUAAUCCUUUAUUAUGUGUCAGACGUUCUGUCAUAAAAAUUUCAAUGCACAAAAAAUUUCAUAUUAUAUCUAUGAUUAAUAUAGGUAUAUUUAAGUUGAAACUAACAUGAGAUCAUAAACUUGUUAAAUAAUGUUGGUAAACAAUUGCAACAAUAAGUAUUAAUGCAACCUAAUUGUUAAAAAGUUCAUAUACACAUGCAUUAUGUUGUAACAUUAUUUAAAAAAUAUAAAAUGUUACAUAUUUUUAUUUCUAUCAACAGUUUCUCAUAAUCCAUUAUUUCAUAUGUACAUUUUCAUAGCAAACAAUUACUGAUAUGUAAGUAUAAUCAGAGGUAAAAUUA